AUGUCUUGGAAAGGUUUUGAGCGGUCCAGUUCUUGGGAUCUUGUUCACACCUAUCUGUCCUCAUUCUCUGUCUUUCCGCUCACUGAUAUUACCGGACCACGUGACAUUGAAAGUGAAAGUGCCAUUGGACAGCAAACGCUCUGCGUGGGUGUUUUGAUGGGAAAGGCCGGAAAGAGCUUAAAGCAGGGGAUACACUUGUGUGUAGCAUGUCACAGUGGCCUGUCUCAACGGCUUGCCAAGUCGAAUCCACUAAGAGAGAGAGACGUCGGGAGCUUGGAGACGUCAAGAGCUUUCAAUCAAAGAGAGGUAGGGACCCAGAGAGAGAGACAGACGUCAGGAUGGAGAGAGAGAGAGACGACGGGAGCUUGA